CAGUGCUGUAUAUCGUAACACAUAUGUAACGGAUAGUUUACAGGAGCAGCUGUUUUGACAAGUCGUAUGGACUGAGUUCUGCUCUAUACAAAUAAAAUAAUUGACUAUUUAUUUUAAAAUAUAAAUUCUAUUAAAAGAUGGAAAAUGAUAGCCCUGUAAUAUACGGACUUGAAUUUCAAACAAGGGCAUUGUCGGCUCAAACAGCAGAAACGGAUAUUGUUAGAUUUCUGGUCGGAACACAAUCACUGAAAUUUAAUAACAAUCAAGUUCACUUAGUAGAAUUGCAUGAAGAAACAGGUGGUUUAAAGACACAAGUGUUUCAUCAUCCCAUUGGUGAAAUUUGGUCUUUGCAAGCAUCUCCGUCAGAUCCCAAUAUAUUUAUUACUUGUUAUAAUAGUUUAAGUGAUGAUGGUAGUUGUCAGAUGAAGGGAGCUAUCUGGAAAUUGCCAGAAUUAAAAGAAUACACAAAUGAUGUUGAAGAUCUUAAAAAAUUAGCAGAUAUUGAUACAACAUCAUAUGGUACAAAUCUUAAAACUAUUGCUUAUCAUCCUACCGAUUCAUUGAAAGCUGUUUCAGUUGUAGACAAUAAUUUUAUAUUAUGGGAUUUAGCUGAUAAUGGACCAGAGGUUGUAAGUUGUGGCACCUUAGCUAGUAAAGGUCAACCACGUUUCACAAAUGGGAAAUGGAAUCCUCAUAAUGGUUGCAAUCAGUUUGUGACAUUAAAUGAAAACAAUGUUCGUGGAUGGGAUUUUAGAAGUCCUUCCGAACCAUCAUGGACAAUUUUGUCUGCUCAUUCUCAAAUUAUAAGAGAUCUAGACUUUAAUGCAAAUCGUCAGUAUUUUUUAUCAACCUGUGGAGAUGAUGGGUACAUGAAAUUCUGGGAUAUUAGGUCACCUAAAGAACCAGUGUUGUCUCGUAUGGAGCACUCACAUUGGGUGUGGAGUAUUAGAAUUAAUCGGUUUCAUGAUCAAUUGGUUUUGACAUCUAGUAGUGACUCAAGAGUUAUACUAUGCAGUAUUGCAUCAAUUUCUUCUGAACCUUUUGGACAUGUAGUACCCCCUGAAGAUGACUGCAUACAAAAUGAUUAUAGUUGCAAGAAAGACAAACUGGAAGAUGGAGUUGUAGGUAGAUAUGAAGAACAUGAAGAUAGUGUUUAUGCAGUUGAAUGGUCAUCUGCAGAUCCUUGGACAUUUGCUUCAUUGAGUUAUGAUGGCAGACUAGUUCUUAAUAAAGUUCCCAGGAAAUAUAAGUACCAAAUACUUCUUUAA